AUGCCGCACGCGAGCUGCCGCUGGAGCUAUUUGCUGGGCCUGCUCUGGCUAAGUCAGCUGUGGGCAGCAGGUGGAGCUGGCUAUUUGGAGGACAACUAUCCGGCCACCGUGAUCGAGGAUGCGCAUCUGACCACGCUCCAGCUGCUGGCCAAGUACAAGUAUCCGGGGGAGGCGCAUUCAGUGACCACCGAAGACAAAUAUAUUCUGCAGAUGCAUCGUAUUGCCAGGCCUGGAGCCAAGCCUGUGCUGCUGGUGCAUGGACUGCAGGACAGCUCAGCAACAUGGAUUAUGAUGGGACCGCACAGCGGUCUUGGGUACUUCCUCUACGAGGAGGGCUACGAUGUCUGGAUGGGCAAUGUGCGCGGCAAUCGCUACUCGCGAGGCCAUGUCAAGUUAAAUUACAACACGGACAAAUCUUAUUGGACCUUCUCGUGGCACGAGAUUGGCAUGUACGAUCUGCCCGCCAUGAUCGAUAAGGUGCUGGCCAAGACUGGCUACCAGAAGCUGAGCUACUUUGGACACUCCCAGGGCACCACGACCUUCUUUGUGAUGACCUCUAGUCGGCCCGAGUACAAUGCCAAGGUACAUAUCAUGCAAGCUCUGGCGCCAGUGGCUUUUAUGACACAUGUUAAGGGACCACUGUUGGGAUUGGGCCGCAACCUGUUGAAAGUCUUGGGAGAACGGGCUGAGGUUACACCCCACUCGAAACUGGUGCUGGAUAACUGCAUGCUGUCAGCAGCCACAGUGCAAACCUGCAUGUACUACGUGUGGAAAAUAAUUGGCAAGAAUACUGCGGAGCUGAACAAGACCAUGUUACCUGUGAUGUUUGGUCAUGUGCCCGCCGGUGCCAAUUCCAAACAAUUUCUUCACUAUCUGCAGCUGCAAUUGUCAGAUCGAUUUUGCACCUACGACUAUAAUGCGAAGGAGAACCAGCGCACCUACGGUCGUGCCACGCCUGUGGACUAUGCUUUGGAACGGAUUACAGCACCGAUUGCUUUGUACUAUACCCAGAAUGAUUACCUGUCGGCUGUCGAGGACGUUAAGCGACUGAUCAAGCGCCUGCCCAAUGUCGUGGAGGAUCACAUGUAUCCCAACAAGAAAUGGAAUCACAUGGACAUGGUCUGGGGCAUCAGCGCCAGGCGCCUAGCACAUCCCCGCAUGCUGGAAGUGAUGCGGCUCUGGGAAGCGGGCGGUCCACAAAAUGGCACGCAGUCCACCACGGAAUAUAACGAAGGGAACUCCACCACGGCAGAAACAGUGCAGGAGGUGGAAGAUGCGAUGGAGGAUACGGAAGAUGAGAUGGAGGAUGCUACGGAACACGAGACACGAUAAAUUGGUUUUGGGUGUUGGGCUCUGUACGUUAUUGGGAACAUAAAUAUAUUUAGUUGGCAAAUUGUACACACUU